CCGUAUGAUGCUAUUGUAAGCAUCCACGGAGGAAGCCUACUGCAAAUUUUGACAAGUAUCGACCCAAUAAAUUGGCCAGAGGAAAAUAUAUUCAUAUAAUUUGUAUAAACUUAGGGGUUUAUAAAAUAGAGAGUGCCUUUUCAGGCGUUCACAGCUCAUCAUAAGAGAUCAAUAUGAUCUUACUGUCGCUGGUAUUUAUUAUAUUGGCUCCUGGAACAUUUGCAACCCAUGCUCCCAUAGCUGGAAACUGUUCAGAAGCUUACUUCUAUUGUGAUGACCUUGCUGAUUGUGUAGAAGAUACGGUUGCUUUUACGUUCACAUGUGUAUGCCAGGAAGGGUCUUCUGGUGAUGGAUUAAAAGAAAGCGGUCACACAGGCUGUGAACCCGAUGCGACUACGUGUGGAACUAACGAUGACUGUCAUACAGAUGGAUUUUGUAACCCUUCAAAAAGUUGUGAAUGUAAACCACUCUACAGAGGAGAUGGACAAACAAAAUGUUCUGAUAUAAAUGAGUGUUUAUCCAGUCCCUGUCAUGCCAAUGCUAACUGUAGGAAUAAUGUUGGUUCGGCUUAUGAGUGUAACUGCAAACCCGGUUUUGCUGGUGAUGGCUUUACUGAAUGUAAACGAACAUGCACUGUUGAACAGGAUUGUCAUGCUCUAGCUGAUUGUACCAACAGUGAUUGUGUUUGUAAUACAGGAUUUACAGGAGAUGGUUUUGAUCUAUGUGAAGAUACUGACGAGUGUCUUACAAUAGAAUGUGCUCCUCCUGGUAAUUGCAUCAAUUCGAUUGGCUCUUAUGAAUGUGGUUGUCCAAAUGGAUAUACUGGAGAUGGAACAACAUGUACAGAACUGCCUGCGAGCUGUGAAGAAAUACGUAUUGCUAAUCCCGGGGCUUCGAGUGGUCAAACGUUUAAAAUUGAUCCCGACGGAACAGGUCCAUUGAAAACUAUGCAGCCAAAGUGCGUAUUUGAAGACGGUAUUGGUAUAACUAUUGUAACUCCAGUAACCACAGGACUUGUAAAUAUAGCAGAUCAAACCAUAUUAUACCAGAACGCUAGGGCUGAAGAUAUCCAGGGCCUUGUAAAUAUUUCUGAAUUUUGUUACCAAACACAAAAGGUAGCAUGUUCGGCUGGUUACCAAUUAUUUGGAGGUGUAACAGAUGCUGCGUGGACAAAUGCUAAUGGAACAGUAUUCAAUUCAUGGGGAGGAUCAGGAGUAGAUCAAAUGUGUCCUUGUGGUCUCCUUGGGUAUUGUACAAAUGGUGUUGCUUGUAAUUGUGAAGGCACUUCGAGUUCCAGUGGAGUUGAUUUUGGCAAGAUCAUUGAUCGUUCCAUGCUGCCGAUUACAACAGUAGCGUUUAACCCUGGAUCAGCUCAAUACCAAAUAUCAGAAAUAAAAUGUGCACCAAAACCAAUAGACAUACGGAAGGACUGUGACGCAAUAAAACAGGAUGAUCAUAUAAAUGACAAUGGACCACAAAUUAUAGAUAUAGAUGGACCAGAUGGACCUCUUGAACCAACUUUAGUUCACUGUGAUAUGACAAAAUACGGCCAUGUUGGUCUUACAGUUGUUCCCCAUGAUCAACAAAAAGCAAUCAUUCCGACAGAAAGUGGAAACAUUAAUUUAACCUACACGACACCCCCAGAAACAAUGCAAGGAAUAAUAGAUGGGUCGCAUUUCUGUGAUCAAGAAGUCAGAUAUGAAUGUAGAAAUGCUCCCAUUCAUUAUGAAGGCGAACAGAAAGUAUUUGUAUAUGCUACUAAAGACAAUAAAAGAGUAGAUUAUUUUCCUGGUGGCCAGAAUAUCACCGAACACUGUGGAUGUGGAAUAACAGGAUCGUGUGUGUUGGAGAAUAUUACCUGUAAUUGUGAUAUGAAUGAUAAUGUUACUAGAUAUGAUAUUGCUAAUCAUACAACUAAAUUUGAUUUACCAAUAACGGGAUUCAACGUAGAUUUAAGUCAACCUUCAGCCUAUGUUAAACUAUACAUUGGACCGUUAAUUUGCAGUACUCAGCAAUUUGGAAUCGAACCUAACUGUGAAAAAUAUCUUGCUAUAGGUGUCGGUUUGCCUUAUACGUAUCUCAUAGAUCCUGAUGGGCCGUACGAUCCAACAAAAACCUCAGAGAUUAAUCUUGAGGCAUAUCCAGUUGAGUGUCAAUUUAAUUUGGUACCACCACAGGGAAUUACCAUAAUACAUCACGAAUUAGAAGACAGGACGGAAGUAACUAGUUCAAAUUUCGUAUAUGAGAUUGACUACAAGAAUAUUGUAGAUAAGGAGCAAAUGAAACAUCUUAGAUAUCGAUCAACGUUUUGUGGACAGUCAUUAAUAUUCCACUGCAAUAAUUUCAAAAUACAUAGUGCUGGACUUCAAGUCAAAUGGUUUAGUGUUGAUGAUCAGGAAUUUACCUAUUUAUCUGGUGGUGCUGAAGGUGAUUUUGGCUGUGCUUGUAAUAUAGAUAAUACAAUUGAUUGUAUCGAUGGAACCGUCUGUAACUGUGAUUCUGGUUCAAACACGACAGACGUUAAUGAACUUGGUAACAUUACUCACCUCCCUGUUGCUAAAUUAGAUUUUUCUGCAGUUGUAUCACAAUACCCUGCCGGUUCAUUAACAUUUACCCUCGGCCCAUUGAAGUGUUUUGAAACAUUUACAACGUGUUACGAUCUAUUCGUAUACCUACAAGAGGAAGCGAGAAUUGGAGAAGCUCCUAUUCAAAAUGGUAAAUACACCAUCGAUCCUGAUAGAUCCGGCGGUGAUCCACCAUUUACUGUUACCUGUGAAUUUCCCUUUACUAGGAUUGGUAUUGAAAAUGAAAUGUAUACUGGACCUACCCCAGGAAGUUCUGUAUGUCACGAUGUUGUGUAUUUGGAUCACAGUAAUAAUACCAUCACCAAUUCACAAGCGGCAUCACUGGUAAAGGCGUCUCAAUUUUGUAGACAAAAUUUACAAUAUACAUGUAAUAAUGCACCUUGGACCGGUCAUGUUAAUUAUACAACAUGUGAUGGAAGAGCACAGUUGGGUUGGUCUUUAAGUGGUGGACAUGAUAUGUGUGCUUGUGGUAUGACGGGGACAUGUGUAGGUGGACCAACAGCUAACUGUGAUUGUGACACAGUUGAUGGAACCGAGAGAACAGAAGGCGGUAAUAUCUAUAAUAUUACACGUUUACCGGUCUGUGAAGUAUGUUUGAGUAUAGAUGCCGGAGGUGGCUCUAGUGGUCUCAAAGUUGGUAGUUUGACUUGUUCCGGGGAAACCUUUGGCGUUGAAACUCAUUGUCAAGAUCAAAGAGUAAUAAGUUCAGAUGAUGGCGUCGUUUACCUCACACCAGGAGGUGGCCUCCCGGAAACGCCCAUAUAUUGCGAUAUGACAUCAUAUCCAGCUAUAGGUAUAAUGGAAAUACGUGCAAGGGAAACAACUUUUAAUAUUCCUGCAAACACGGCCUUCGAUCAGACAAUAGAAUAUUUUUACCACACCAGAGAGGGCAUAGAAAAAAUGAUAGAUAAUGCUUAUUACUGUAUACAAGAGAUCUAUAUCACAUGUAAUGAUGGUAGUCUCGGUAGUCUCAAUUUAGUUGGAAAUAAUGGGUGGUAUGCUAGAGAUGGAACACCACAAGAUGAUUGGGGUGGAAACAUUGGCAGACUUUUGAAAUGUGAGGGAGAUGGAACCAAUUGUAAUUGCAAUUCACCUGGAAAUCAGACGGAUGGUGGAAUAUUGGGUGAUAAAUCUAAACUGCCCAUCUCUAAGGUAGUGCUAGGUGCUAGCCCCACAGAAAGAAUUCUUAGAAUAGAGCCAGUAAAAUGUUACGAACUAAGACCAGAUUGUUAUGACAUCCUGACAAGUGGUAAUACUAAGACAGCAUACAGCAACAGAACCUAUGUUAUUGAUCCUGAUGGUCCAGAUGGCGUAGAUCCAUUUAUUGUUGUGUGUUUCUUCGACCCUGUUAACGAAAACGCCAUCACUGAAGUGCUUGUGGAGGGAAAUCCAAGGCAGACGUCCGCAGGGCCAUCUUCACCUUAUCAAAAUGAUCUGGUAUUUGAAUAUAAGGGUGCUACACCAGAACAAAUUAACACAUUGGCAAGACAGGCACCAUUCUGUUACCAGGGUAUCCUGUACGAAUGUAACAAAUCACCAAUCAGUAAUACCACCCAGUAUCAAUUGUACGAUGGUUUUGUAUCGCCAUCUUUUGGGGAUGCUUACGAUACAAACACUACCGAAUGUCCAUGUAGACAGUUGGGAACUUGCGGAACCUAUAAUUGCCGGUGUGAUGAACAGCUUCCCACACCGAAAAAAGACAAUGGAACAAUCACGGACAAAGAUCUUUUACCAAUAACUAUAGUAGAGGCUGGUGGCCAACUAGACGCGACUGCAACUGCUACUGUAACAGUUUCUCCGGUUCGGUGUGAGGAAAAACCGCAAGAUAUACCAGUUGAUUGUGAGGAUGCCAAGAGACGUAAUUAUAUGACUGGAGAAGUUCUAAUCAGUCCAAAAUAUCCUACAGUGAAACCAUUCUUUGUUUAUUGUAAUAUGGAAAUCAACCCUGGUCAUGGGACUGCAGUUCUGAAUUUAGGAAUAGAUCCCACAAUUUAUCUUCCAUAUGAUGGUGCAUCUAUUGAUGUAACCUAUAAAGGACUGACAGAUCCACAGAUACAAGCUCUAAUAGAUAUUUCAACGCACUGUUAUCAACCAGUUAAAUAUAACUGUAGAAAUACAGCCUUUCUAGAGGCUGGUAAAUUUUCCUGGACAGGUGUUGACGGCAAUGAACAUACCUAUUUUGGAGCUGGUACACCUGGUGGAAAUGACUGUACAUGUGGUGCAGAAAAUUUGUGUGGCGGUAAUGGUACAAGACCCGUUAUUGAAGCUAGGAGAUGUAACUGUGGUGUUGGACAAGAAGAUGGUAUAGAUAGAGUGGACUCUGGUAUUAUGCAAGUUACGGCUGACUUGCCUAUAAGAAGUAUGACAUUUAAACCAACCGGUGUUGCAAACUCAGCAGGAAACAUAACUCUUAGUAAUCUCUACUGUGGAAAAACCGCAAUCGGAUUUGAUGAAUGUACUACUGGUUUCCAUGAUUGUCAUCCAUGGGCUAAUUGUGUCAAUACGCCAAAUGGUUUUCAGUGUGUCUGCCCAGAAAAAUUCCGGGGUUUGGGAGUACCCGAUGUGUGGGCAAAUGGUAGAGAGUGUUAUGAUGACGAUGAAUGUUCCUCUAAACCAUGUGAUGGAACAGCAACAUGUUAUAAUUUUCCUGGUGAUUUCAAUUGCACCUGUAACGAUGGUUACAGACCUAUAAGCAAAACAUCAUGCGAAGAUAUAAAUGAAUGUGAAGAUGACGGAGGAACUCUACAUAAUUGUGAUAUAAAUGCUAAAUGUACUAAUACAGAAGGCUCCUUCUUCUGUAAAUGUAGACGUGGAUAUAAAGGAGUAGGUACAAAUAACACCUGUGAACGUAUUGGUAUAUGUGCCUGUUUUGGAGAUCCACAUUGUAUUUCUUUCGACGAAAAGUGGCUUCAUUUUAUGGGUGAUUGCCAAUACAAAAUGGCUACAGAUGGUUGUUCUGGCGUAAAACCAACGUUCGAGGUUUGGACACAUAAUUGGGAUAUGGGUAGAACGGACAUAGCAGGUAUAACCUGGGUCAAGGAUGUCACUGUAGUUGUUAAUGAUACGAAAGUGUACCUGGGACCGGAUCGUGUUAUCCGAAUAAACGGACGUAAUUUUAUAGCCUAUAAUAACGAUGAUAUAGCUGUAAAUGAUAACGGAAGAGAAGUAUCUGUCAUCACGCCGUUUGGUCUAGAGGUCUAUUGGAAUGGAGGUGAUGAAGUCGAAGUUCUUCUACCUAAAGAUUUUAAAGGAAAGAGUUGUGGCCUUUGUGGUAACUUUAAUGACGAUAUGGAAGAUGAAUGGAUAGUUGGUGAUCGUUGUGGAGAUUUAGUUGGCACAGUAACCCCGAAUCAAAACAUUUUUGGCAAUUCGUGGGUGGUAGAAGAAUAUCUAAAUACGGUGCCUGAGUGUAGCGCUCCUUGUAACGCCUCAGAUACUACCUUGACUGUAUGUGACACAGAGUUGCUCACUUAUUAUUGUGAUCGUGUCUUCAGCCCGGACAUUUCUCCGUUCAAGGAUUGCCUAAAUUUCCUGGACACUCAAUUAUUGGAUCAACUUAAAUUCAGUUGUCUAUUCGACAUUUGUCACGUUUAUAAUGAUGUUGAACUUGGUAUGUGCUCCAGUGCUGAAAGAGUUCUGAAUGAGUGUCAAAAACAUCUUGACUUUGAGAUAGAUCCUUGGAGAAAACCUGGUUUCUGUGAAUUGAAUUGUGGUGAGAAUUUUGAAGAUAGGCCUUGUGGACCGCGGGGUAAGCCAGAUAAAGAGAGACAAACAACGUGUAUAAACGAAAUUCAAGGCACUCAUCCCGGAUCAGAGAGUUACUGCAGUGAAGCCUGUUAUUGUGCUCCAGGUUUCGUCCUGGAAGGUAGACGAUGUAUUCCACCAUCUUCAUGUGGUUGUAUCCUGGAAGGUGUUUAUAUUGCCGUUGGUGACACGUUUAUGAAUUUUAACUGUACCAGUUUGCUAAAGUGUAUUUCAACGGGUACCACAGAACAGGAACAAGUUACAUGUGAUCCCAAUGCUGGUUGUUUCCUGAAGGAAGACACCGGUGUAUUCGGGUGUCACUGUAAAGAUGGCUACAUUGGAGAUGGAAUAACUUGCGGAAAUGACAUAUGUUUUAAUAAGACAUGUCCGGAAAACAUGGAGUGUAACAGAGAUAAUAACGCCGAAUGCCAAUGUAAAAAGGGUUACAUUGGCGAUUGUACAAAAUGUGAAGAUAUUGAUGAAUGUCAAACCCGAACAGAUGACUGUAUACAUAUUGGUCAAAAUUGUACGAAUACAAUAGGUAGUUAUAGAUGUCAUUGUAUUCCUGGUUUUGUACCUUACGGAAACUAUUGUGUUGAUGUUGAUGAAUGUGAAGCUGGGUUUGAUAAUUGUGAUGCCAAUGCCGAGUGUAUCAAUACACAUGGUAGUUUUAUAUGUGAAUGCUGUGAAGGCUAUGAUAUGGGCGCAGGUGGAACUUGCAUAGCGAAUGCGGCUGAAAAAGUCACAGCAGUUGGUGGUAAAAAAUGUUGUUCGUGUAGAGGGGACGGUUGUUUUCGUGCUGGACAGGUUUGUGGUAGUGAUGGAAUAACGUAUACGACAGAAAGAAAGUUAAUAGUAGAGGCAUGUAGAACCGCUAAGUUUAUAGAAGUGAAUUACAGAGGAGCCUGUAAGGUGACCUGUACCGGUGUAGUAUGUGAUAAACCAUACGAGGAAUGCGCUGUAGAUCCUAUUCUAAACCUAGCUCAAUGUAUUUGUCCCAAAUGUGGAUCAGAAAACAGCCCAGUGUGCAGCACUCGUCUACUGUUGUUUCAAAAUGAUUGUGAAUUUAGAAGAAUCUCCUGUGAAGUUAAUGAUGACAAUUCCACUAUUCAUACUGAUGUUAGAUUGUGUGAUAAGGCAUCUGGAAGUCCUUUUAGCGCCUGGACAGAAUGGAGUACAUGUAGUGUUGAUUGUGGUCCAGGUGAAAUGGUCAGAAGCAGAACAGAAAUAAGAACGCAAACUGCCUAUGAACUUACACUAUAUGCCUUAGACGAAACAGCCAUUUGUUAUGGAAACUGUAGUGAUGCCCCAUGCUUUAAUUAUACGUGUCCAGGAUACGGACAGAUCUGCAUCCCAUCUCCACUCAUGCCCUCCGUGCCAGAAUGUAUCUGUCCGAACUGCACAUUCAGAGAAGACGCUCCUAUCUGUGGUCUGUUGGGGUAUCGACAAGUGACGUUCAAGAAUAGAUGUGAGCUACAGAAGAAAGCUUGUGAAGUCAAUAGACGAUACCAUGUACUCAGUAAUUCGCCUUGUGGAACGUUACCAUUAAACUGUUCUCUGUAUACUCAGUACCAAGAUUUAAGUGAUGGUACGUGUGUUGGUGAGCCUGUACCAGUUGGUAUUUGUGAAGGGGGCUGUGGUGUCAUGCCUGAUAAAUGUUGUGAAGCAGAUGAAACAGAGAUGGCGUCAUACAACCUGAUGUGUGCCAAUGGUACGACACUUGUAAGACAGAUUUCAUCAGUGCUGAGCUGCAAAUGUAAUGAUCUUGCCCACACAACAUAAAAUAUAUUAAAUUGUGUCUUAUGUAAACGUGUAAUACGUAAUGUAAAUGUGUAAUACGCCAUGUCAGAUAAUAAAAUACUUCAAAUAUUAAAA